UUUGUUUAGUAUGUACCUCUCAAGCAACAUUGCCAGAAUAAUUACGUUUGCUUUUUCAGUCUUCCGAUCUGGAUAACUUUCCAACCAUAAGCACUACAUGUUUUUUCGGCACCGACCAUAAUUUCCACAGAUCUGUAUAUUUCCGAUGUCUCAGACGACGAUUUCAGUGACGGAGAAAAUAUUUCCCAAACAAAUGAGCUUAACGAUGAAGAAGAAGUGCCUUCAGGACUUGACAACAUUGCAGUUCCCAUUGAGUAUUUUACAAAGUUUUUUUCAUUUGAUCUAAUGAAUAAAAUAAGGUACCUGUACCAAAU